CCGGGUUCCGGCCGGCAGAGGCGGCCAGGGCGGCCAUGGCGGCGGGCGGGGACCGUCCCCCGGCGCUCCGGCUCCUCGUCGGCCUGAGCCUCAGCCUGCUGGCGUCUCCGCCCGUGCAGAGCCGGACCCUCCGCUUCGUGACCUUGCUGUACCGCCACGGAGACCGCUCCCCGGUGAAACCCUACCCCAAGGAUCCUUAUCAGGAGCGGGACUGGCCCCAAGGCUUCGGCCAGCUCACCAAGGAAGGGAUGCUUCAGCACUGGGAGCUGGGCUGGGCCCUCCGGCAACGUUACGGCGAUUUCCUCGGUGCUUCCUACCACCGGCAAGAGGUUUACGUUCGCAGCACCGAUUUCGACCGCACCCUGAUGAGCGCCGAAGUCAACUUAGCCGGGCUCUUCCCCCCCGGUGGGUCGCAACUCUUCAACCCCAACAUCACGUGGCAGCCCAUCCCCGUACACACGGUGCCCGAGGCCCAGGACAAGCUGCUGAAGUUCCCGCUGGGCCCGUGUCCCCGCUUUGAGCAGCUGCAGGAUGAGACCCGCCGGACACCCGAGUACCAAAACCAGUCCCAACAGAGUGCCGCCUUCCUGGACAUGUUGGCCAACGAGACCGGGGUCACAGACUUGUCCCUGGAGACAGCCUGGAGCGUUUAUGACACCCUAUUCUGUGAGCAAACGCACGGCCUGAUCCUGCCCCCGUGGGCCUCGCCCGAAACCAUGCAGCGCCUGCGCCAGCUCAAGGACUUCAGCUUCCGCUUCCUCUUUGGGAUCCACCAGCAGGCACAGAAGGCCCGGCUCCAGGGGGGGGUCCUGCUGGCUCAGAUCCGGGAGAACCUGACCACGGCCGCUAGCCCGGCUGCGCCCCAGCACCCUAAGCUGCUGGUCUACUCUGCCCACGACACAACCCUGGUGGCCCUGCAUAUGGCUUUGGAUAUCUACAACGGAGAGCAGGCCCCCUACGCCGCUUGCCACAUGUUUGAGCUCUACCAGGAGGACGAGGGUAACUUCUCCGUGGAGAUGUACUUCCGCAACCAGAGCGACAAAGACCCCUGGCCCCUGGCUUUGCCCGGCUGCCCUCAACGCUGUCCCCUGCCAGACUUUCUGCGCCUCACGGCCCCGGUGGUACCAGCGGACUGGGCCCGGGAAUGCCGGCUGGCGAACACUGCCCCGGACACAGAGGUGAUCGUGGCCUUGGCCGUGUGCGGCUCCAUCCUCUUCCUGCUCAUCGUGCUGCUCCUCACCGUCCUCUUCCGCACGCAGGCUCAGCCUCCAGGCUACCGCCACGUGGCCGACGGGGAAGACCACGCCUGACCGCCCCUCAGCCCCCUUCCCGCCGGCUCCCGCGUCCCGCCGCCGCCCCCCCCCCUCCCCCGACCCGCGGGCCGGGCCUCCCGCCGAGAGUCCCCGCUCGGAGCAGCCGGGGCCCGGCCUGGUGCCACCGCACUAGCCCCGGCCGGCCGCCUCCGCCCCGGCGCUCGCCGAACUGAACCGCACGGGCAGGGCCCGUUUCCUCCACGGUCCGCAGGGGCGCUUAGACGGAAACACCGACUCGGACGUAUUCCGCUCUCCCGCGGAGCGACGGCCCCGGGGACUCUCCAGGUGGAAGGGUCUCCGUCCCCUCUGCCGGACACGAGGCCCCGGCCCGGGGCGGGAGGACCCUCUCACCUCCCAGUGCCUCUCUUAGAAGGUGGAAGUGCCUUCGGCCUCUGAGGAAGCGGGCCCGAGCGUGGAUCGCAGUCAGAGCUAGGAGAGCAAACCAGUCCGGGCCAGGAUUCCCGCUUCCCCGUGAAGCCGGCGGCUCAGCGCGACCCGCCGCCGGCCUUUCCGGUCCAAGUCUCGGGCUGGGCCCUCGUGCGGCCGCCGCCCUCUUGAAGGGCUGAGCUGGCCUGAAGAGACUGGGGUCGGAAACGCCCCGGGCAGCUGGAAGCUGGGUUGGAGCAGCCAGGGACCUUGGGCAAACUGGACACCUGUAACCCGGGACCCAAAGUGGGGCUGGCUCAGCCUUAAGGGAAAUGAAAGAGUUGGAAUUUC